AUGGAGGCAAGGAUCCCCUUACAGGCAAGGAUCGACCUGGCUGACGUGAUGGAGGCGGCAGACAUGCUGGUCAGCCCCGAUGGCGAUACCAACCAGCUGGACGACGGGUGCCUCUUGUUUCCGUACAUCCCUUUGCUACUGCAGUUCCCAACCAAGAGAGGAGGGGCGGAAGGGAGGAGAAAGUGGGAGCGGAGAUUUCGGCUGUUUUGGGAGGGGGAAUGGGAGCUGCUGCUACGAGAGGGGGCCGAUUUCGCACCAAAGAGCACCGAGACGACACCGGCCAUCCACCCCACACCCGCCCACCCCACCUACGACCAGCAGGAGCGUCUGGCGACCCGUGAGCCAGCAACACGCCCCACAGCCCGCCUCAAGCAGCGUGCAAGAGGGAGAAGCGCCUGA